AUGGAUCGAGGCCUGAUCAUUGGCGACGGGAAGAAGCCAGCUCCGGGCGUGACGCCUCCCAGCUGUUUGUCCUUCAACUUCCAGGACGAGAAGCACGGCAUCCUCCAGGGCCACUCCACCGACCUCCGAGUGGACACCAUCAACGUGGGGACCUUUGUGCCCUUCUGCCCCUGCUUGACAUGCAUAGGGGGGAAGUUCACCUUGGAGGCGCUGGAGUCGCCCAGCGCGGAGCCCGGCUCCUCCUGGAAGCGCGGCUGCUUCUGGGGCCCCUGCAACUGCAAAUCCGUGGAGUUUGGCAGCUACAACUUGGUGAAGGUGAUCACCGGAGAUGGGAAGCCCAAUGAGCCCUACUACAGCGAGUUCAUCAAGUACAUGGGCGACGUGCGGCUCUUCUGCUGGACCGGCCUGACCGAGCAGUGA